AUGAAUCCGUUUGCCGGUGAUACCUCCGGAAAGUUGGCCAAUAUCAGUAUUAUUCGAGCUUUGAGUUUCCUUGACGUUCGCUUCGGAAAAUCCAUCCCAAGAAAACUGAAAGAGCGUGCGAAAGCAGAAAGGCCAAUUUUUCACCCAAAAACGUAUACCGAGUAUCCAGCCGAAAUGUCCGCCAAGACGUCGCCAUCGUCCACUUCUCGAGAUGCCAACGUGGGAUCCUCGAGUGCGAUUCCCGUUCAGAUCAAAAAAGAACUGCCCAGCGACGAGAUAAAGGAAUUCGCGCACAACACCAUGAACGAGCUGCUCGGCUGGUAUGGAUUCGAGGGUGUGGAUGUGGAUCGUCUGGACCUGACCGCCAAGACAUCGCACAGCCUGUUGCAGCGUGAACCGCUACUUUUUGCGCUGCCAGCCAACAGUUACUUCAGCAACUGCUGCUGGUGCCAUCGACCGAUUGCGGAGAAUGCGCCGGACUACCUGACCAGCUGCGACGGACCGCGGUACUGCUCCGAAUCCUGCUUCGCCCAGAGCCGGAGGGCGUCCUUCAAGAAGGCCAAGACCUGCGACUGGUGCAAGCACGUCCGCCAUGCGGUGAGCUACGUGGACUUCCAGGACGGCGCCUCCCAGCUGCAGUUCUGCUCGGAGAAGUGCCUCAACCAGUACAAGAUGCAGAUCUUCUGCCACGAGACGCAGGCGCACCUCGACAUGCAUCCGCACCUGAGGGAUCAGGCGAUGGACGCGGGCAGCGAGGCUGGUCUGAUUACGCCGGAUCUGUGGCUGCGCAACUGCCGGAGUCGCUCGGCCUCACCCGCCUCCACGCUGUCGGUGUCUCCUGGUCCACCGGCUGUCCCGACUCCGCCGCCGCCUAGUCAUCACCCCAGCAAACCCCUGAUCUCAGUGGCCCCCGUCUCCAAGUUGCUGGCCCAGAAGAGUCCUGGUGGAGCUCCACCUCCGCCGCCGCCGCCUGUCCAGCGGCAUUUGGGCGCCAAGUUGGGUCGCCGGAAGCGCCGGGGUCUGUCUUCCUCCUCGGGUUCGGAAACAGUUGCCAGUCUGCUGCAGAAACAGCAGCAACACCAGCAGCAGCAGCAGCAACAUCAGGCUCCUCCAACUCUGACGGCUGACUUUGGGGGCUCCAGUGUCCCACUGCCGCCUCUCUCGCCCAUGCCAAAUGUACAGGAGUCACCGCAGCAGCAGGCGCCUCCUCAGGUAGCUCCACCUCAAGCUCUGCCACGCGGACCCACGGCUAUCCCAUCCAGCUACUUUGCCACGCCCUCCAAUGGAGUGCCGCAUCCCUUUGCCGGGCGUCCACCACCGCCACCGCAUCACUUUAUGCAUCCUCCUCCGCACGGCAUGAUGCCCCGUGGUUUCGGCCCUCCGCCCUUUGGGCCGCCACUUCCUCCACAAAUGCCCGAGCUGGGAUCCCUGCUGGGCGCCGUGCCGCCGGUGACAGUGAUGGUGCCCUAUCCCAUCAUCAUACCCCUGCCCAUACCCAUACCCGUUCCGCUGCCAGUGAUGGAUUUCUACAAGGCGCACCUGACGCCCGAGCAGAGGAAGCGUUUCGACGAGGAACGGGCUGCUCCUAACAGAGAGGAAAACCCCAGGGAGCAGGAGCAGCCACAGCCGCUGGACUGCAGCAAGACCAGAAGCGAGGAGGAGGAGAAGCCAGAGGUGGAGCAGCCAACGGAAGAGGAUGACAAGGAAUCCAUACCAAAGACAAAUCCAGACAGGGAAACCACGCCGGCCUCGCCAGCCAUCUCGCAGGAGUCGUCGUCGUCGCCGCAGGAGACGCACUGCAUUGUCCGGGACUCCGGGCAAUCCGAUCCCGAGGCGGACAGCCAGAAGCUGCCCAAGCUGAAGAUCACGCGGCUGCAGACCAAGCGGACGCUCAUCCAAACCAAAGAGGCGGCGGCCGAGUGCAGUCGACCGCUGCGCAAGCGCAAGAGGAUCAUCGACUGCGACUUCCAGAAGAUGGCCGUCAAGGAGCAGGAGGUGGCCACCGAUGGCCACCAGAGCAACGGCGGCGGCAUCGGGGAGGCUGAGGAUCCGGAGGCAGAGUGCAAUAGUGGUCAUGCCAAGGCUAAAAAGUAG